AUGACUGCACAGAUUGUGGAACAGGGUAAACAAAUAAGGAACCCGAACGCUCCAAAACGUCCACUGUUCAAUAGGCCGGCAUGGGCUAGAUCAAACGCUGUAGAGGAAGGUGACAUCUUCCGCCGAUCAUGUCACACGUAUGUUGAUCUCGCUGCCGAAGCAGAACGCGCGCUACAGAAGAAGGCCGCCAAGAAACUUGACGAGGCAUCUGAGCUUCGCUCAAGCGACGCACAUUCUCCAAAGAGACUCAGGCUCUCGGAUGACGAUGAAGGUGACGAUGACUCAGUUGAUGAUACGGCAGACGAGAAUGAUAUUAGGCAAGUUGAAACUAAAAGCCUCACCUCGAAGUCCAGUCGUCAGGUAGAGCCUUCCCCCAAGAAGUCUCCAGCUUGUUUAGCAAAGCCUUCAUUUUUACAGCAGUAUGAGUCAGAACUUGCGCAGGGAAGUCAUACUACCCAAGCCAAGUCUAGGAGCCUCAAAGCAGAUAUUAUUGACCUUGAGGAUGAUAGCGAGGGUGAGACACCGACUUCCCCAGUCACGCGAGACGUGAUUGCUGUUAAGGUCGCUGAGCCGUUACCUGAUGAACUUGAUAUGAUACGCGACGAGGAAUUCCCAGAACUCGCACGUAAAGCAAGGGAGAAAGCUAGACGAAAACGUCUUGAAGAAGAUCUAGUUGGAAAGGAGUGGUCUCCGGCGGCGGAAGCGAAGCCAGCACCAUCGAGCAUGCCACAAACUGCAAUUGUCGCUUCUACACAUGAUCCAACCCUGCAGAUUUUAAUAACGUCAAGCAUUGAAGAUACGACUCCACUUAUAGUCAGUCGACGACUGUCACAAAGGUUUAAGGAAGUCAAGCUUGCUUGGGUGGAACGUCAGAAGCUCAGCAAUGAUGUGAUUGGGUCUUUGUUCCUAACAUGGCGUGGAAAGAGACUUUUCGACGUUACCAACUGCAAGAGUCUUGGCAUCAAAGUGGAUGCAGAAGGUCGUGUCUUUGCAAAGGGAGACGUGCUGGGGGAUGAGGAAGGUCGGUUGCACAUGGUCGCAAUGACGCCUAAGCUCUUCGAGGCCUACAAAAGAGCCAAAGAAAGCCAUGUGACCCAGCAAGAGCAAGAGAGAGAUGUCGCGCCCGCUGCAGAGCCAAGUGUAGAGGCUCAAAUCAGAAUAAUACUGAAAGCCAAAGGUUUCAACGAUUUCAAGCUUAUCGUGAAGCCGGUUGAAGUAGAUGUUAUCGACAGCAAAGGCCUGCACCGAGCCAUUGUUCCAUCAGGCGCUUCCACAGGACAACACGAAGCUCACGAAUUGAGAGACGGUGAUAAAAGCAGAUGGUCCGGUAAGGGGGUCACUAAGGCGGUCAAGAAUGUGAAUGAGGUUAUCGGUCCUGCUUUGAUCAAGGAGCGUAUCGACGUCAAAGAUCAGGCUGCAGUCGACGCAUUCCUCAAUAAGUUGGACGGGACGCCGAAUAAGACCAAUCUCGGUGCCAAUGCUAUUCUCGGUGUCAGCCUGGCUGUUGCGAAGGCUGGGGCAGCUGAAAAGGUUGUCAAAUAA